AUUAGCUUGUACAAAUGUGAAUAUUAUAAAAAAAGAUCGAUAUUUGUGUGAAAAUUAGUAGUAGAAGUCAUCGCUGCAGUCAGACAAUCGGGCAUCUCCGCUCCGAUAACUCCGAUUAUGAAUGAGCGCGACGCGCGAAGCCGUGAAACCGGUGAACAGUGAGAUACACGUGGUGAUCCAGAGGAUGUUGAUAUGCAGUCAACAAAUUAUCUCCAGUUGACACUGGCGAUACUUAAGCCGCACGUCGUUAAAUCCCCGUUCGUUCUUCAGAAAAUUCGCGAUUUAAUAAUUGACAAUAAUUUCAAAGUUGUCAGAUCGCGCAGAACGACGAUAUCUCGCGAGGAGGCCGAAUUAUUUUACAAGGAACACAGGGACAAAUUCUUCUACAAUCGUCUCUUGACUUUCAUGUGCAGCGGUCCGUCCGACAUUUACAUUUUGGCGCGUCACGACGCUAUCACGAAGUGGCGUCAACUGAUGGGCCCUACAAAAGUCUAUCAAGCGCAAUAUAAUGCACAAGAUACUAUCAGAGGAAUGUUUGGCCUCUCGGAUACUAGAAAUGCCACGCACGGAUCUGAUUCGACUGAAUCCGCAAAAAGGGAAAUAAUGAUAUUCUUUAAAGACUUUAACAUAAACAAGUGGUAUAACAAUGAGGAGAUAUUUUAUAACUUGGGAAGAUUACAUUUUGAUCCAUUGUCCUUUGUGCACACCAUUGACAAGACUUGAACAAGACACAAAACAAUAAUG